GAGAGUGAAGGAGUUUGCGUGCGUGAUUUGUUUUCGUGCAUACGCUGAGUCGCGACACUUUUUUCAUACUAACCUUAUAAGAAAACCCUCCUACAUGAACAGUUUUACCCAUUUUAAACCUCUCCCCUCUGCUGGAAUGCAACUGUAAAUGUCAUGAUGUAUGAUCCACGCAGGUAGCGGAGAGCAGCGCUUGUUGGGUCAGCAGGGUGUCGACAGGUAAGCGCAGGAAACGGGGCUGCGCCUUUGGUUGGAGGUCCGUCUUCAGCCGCUUUUCUUCUAGUUUUCACCCGGUUCUACUGCCCUCUCCAUCGGCCUGAAGUCUGGUGUUUACCGCGGCAGGAGAAAUCAUGACGGAGGAGAAAAACAUUUCCAACGAACUGUUCGAGAGUGUGCGGGAGGCAGUGGGCCGGUCGGUGAAACUGACCCUGAGGCGCAAAGUCCAGCUGGAGGUCAAAGGUGACAAGGUGGAGAACCGAGUACUGGCUUUGGCCUCACAUCGAGCCUACCUACUGACAGCACGGGUUCCUUCUAAGGUUGACCAGUCAUUCAACUACUUGGAUAUUCAGGGAAUCAGCAGCAACAAGCCCACUCAGCUGGUUUUAGAGCAUGAACGCGGGCCUUGGAGCCUCCGGCUGGCCUCGGUGGAGGAGGUGGAUGAGGUGAUCGCUCAGAUCGGCAGCUGUCUGCAUCGGAUCUGCCCUGCCAUCUCACCUGUGAAGAUGAUGAGGAAGUUGAAUUUGAAACCUCCUGAGAGGUUAACCUCCCUGCUGACCUUCUGGAACGAGCAGAGUUCAGCCGAUUUAGGACCCUGUGGUGGCUUUUCUCAUCAGUACUGGUGUGUGUGUGACAGCUUGGGUCUGCCAUACAGAGAGGAGGUCCAAUGGGAUGUUGACACCAUCUAUUUAAGUCAAGACACCAGAGAACUGAACCUGCAGGACUUUGUUCAUCUGGAGAACAGGGAUCUUGUAGCAAUCAUCGCAGUUUUGGAGUAUAACCAGUGGUUCACCAAACUGUCUGUCAAAGACUACAAACUGUCUGCAGAUGUGUGUGACCAUAUUUUCAGAGUUGUUGCUCGAUCCAGCCGACUAGAAGAACUGGUUCUGGAUAACGCUGGGCUCAAAAGUGACUUUGCUCAGAAACUUGCAGGCGCUCUGUCACAUAACCCAUCCUGCACGCUGCACACACUCAACCUGAGCAACAACUCCCUGGAGGACAAAGGUGUUUAUGCUCUGAGUGCCCAACUAGCCAAACUACCAAUGGGUCUGAAGCACCUGAACCUCUCAAAGACUUCCAUGUCUCCCAAAGGUGUGAACAGCCUCUGCCAGGCACUGUGUGCCAACCCUAUCGUGGCCUCCACCCUCACACAUUUGGACCUGUCAGGGAACUCCCUCAGAGGAGAUGACCUGCAGAAUUUGCAAAGUUUCCUGAGUAACCCAAACUGUCUCCAAACUCUGGAUCUGUCAAACAGUGACUGCUCCCUGGAGCUGGUGUGUACAUCUCUCUGCAGAGGAUCUUUGAAACAUCUUGCUGUUCUUAACAUGUCAAAAACCGUCUUCUCUCACAGGAAGUGUAAAGAAAUCCCUCCAUCUUUUAAACAGUUUUUCAGCAGCGCUCAGUCUCUGACUUCUGUGAGUCUGUCAGGAACCAGGCUGCCACUGGAGGCUCUGAAGUCGCUGUUGUUGGGCCUUGGUUGCAACCCAAACCUCAGUGAUGUUUCUCUGGAUCUCAGCAGCUGUGAUCUGCGUUCAGGAGGAUCCCAGAUUUUAGAAGGCUGCAUCGCAGAGAUCCCCAACAUUUCCAGUCUGGAUAUUUCAGACAACGGUUUGGACAUGGAUCUCACCACCCUUCUGGUGUGGCUGGCCAAAAACCGCUCCAUCAGGCACCUUUCAUUGGGCAAAAACUUCAACAAUAUCAAAUCUAAAAAUGUUGCUCAGGUCCUGGAUAAUCUGGUUUACAUGAUUCAAGAGGAAGAGUCACCUUUAAAUUCGCUGUCCCUGGCUGAUUCCAAGCUAAAGGCUGACCUCUCCAUCGUGCUAAACGCACUCGGCAGCAACACCUCUCUGAUCAAGCUGGACAUCAGUGGAAACUCCAUGGGAGACAUGGGGGCCAAGAUACUGGCCAAAGCUCUGCAGAUCAACACCAAGCUGAGGACCUUAUUGUGGGACAGAAACAACAUUAGCCCCCAGGGUUUACAGGACGUAGCUGCUGCUUUGGAGAAGAACUACACUAUUCGAUUCAUGCCUGUUCCUAUCAUGGAUGCUGCUCAGGCACUGAAGGCCAAUCCAGAUAAGACAGAAGAUGCUUUACUAAAGAUGGAGCAGUACCUGCUGAGGAACCAUGAGACGCGUAAAUACCUGCAGGAACAGGCCUACAGGCUGCAGCAGGGAAUAGUCACCACCACCACACAGCAGAUGAUGGACAUGAUGUGUGUGCGAGUCCAGGAUCAUCUGAAUUCUCUGAGGUUCUCAGAGGCCAGCCCUGUUCAAGAUGACAUGAAGCAGGCAGAGAACCUCAUGAAGGAUGCAAAGAACUCCAAAACUCUGCUCCCCAACCUGUACCAUUUGAAAACUAGAGGUUCCAAAGUUACAUUUGUCACAGCCAUUCAGGAUAAACUGGAGUCGAUGGCUGGAGAGGUGGCAACCGUGAUGGACGAGCAACUGCAUACCAUGCUGGUGUCUAUGGUUGAUGCUGCAGAAGGGCUUUGUCCUCAUGUGAUGAAAAGGAGCGGCCUUCGUCAGGAGCUGCUUAAGGCUGCUACAGGGAGGAUGACCAUACCUUGCAGCUUUGUCACCAACACGCUUCUGGAACAGUCCGGCGUGGACAUCAUCAACAAAAUCAGUGAAGUAAAACUUGGUGUGGCGUCCUUUCUGUCUGAUCGCAUCGUUGAUGAGAUCCUGGAGUCUCUAUCUAGAUCCCAACAUACACUGGCCGACCACCUGAUCAGAAAGGACCAUCCAUUGUUCCACCAAGAACCCCAGUUAGAGGCGGAAGUUCUAGAUGAGACAGUUCUACAGCCAGAGAACCAUGACCACAAGUCCGACCGAGACAAGAAAAAUGGACUGAAAGAUGUGGACACCUGCAUGAUGACGCCUAAAUCCAAGAGGAAGAGCAUCCUUGUCAGAAUGCUGCGGCCUGUUUCUGUGGCAUUCGAGAUGGAGUUUGACUUGGACAAAGCUUUGGAGGAAGUUCCAAUCCACGUUGAGGACCCACCUCUCCCGUCUCCUCCUCCCCAAGCAUCCGACGGGUUGUCAUAUUACGAAGAUCUACCUCCACCUCCUACUCCAUCAGAGGGGAAGUCUGAGUGUUUGGGAGAGCUGCCACAGCUGGAGCUGAAAACGUUGGAACAUCGUACCAAAUCCCGACCCAGACCGAAACAGAGAGCGAGACCCAGCAGACCUCCACGACAGACCACCAGAAGCCCAGUACCACCUGAUGCUGAGCAGAACAGCUCCAUAGGAAAGCUGGAUGAGGGUCUUGAUGACUUCUUUUCCAAGAAAGUUGUUAAACUCAGUUUUAGACUUCCCUCGAUGAAAAGUACCUCCACAGAAAGUACAGAUAAAAAACGUGAAUCCAGGAAGAGCGGCUUCUUCAACCUCAUUAAAUCCCGAACGUCCCGAUCUGAGAAGAGCCAUGGAUCUGCCGCCAUCACACCACCUCAACCUGGGCAAAGCAACACCAACACUAGCACACAUACUUCCACCACCAGCCCGGUGACUGAGGACACCCCACCUACAUCUCCAACACUACAUGUAAAAACUCCAACAGCUGCAGCUGAGCCUCAAGAAACCCACAGUGCACAGUCGCCGAACCACACAGAUCCUGAGUCUGAAGCGCCUCAGACUUUUAGUGAACCUCUAGAGGAGAGAGAAAACCAGAAGAUGGAGAAUAAGGAGAACCUGGAGAAGACAGGAAGCCCUCCUCAGAAGGAGAAUACAGAGAAGAAGGAGAACACACCCAUACACCGCCAUAUAGGGGUUCCUGUGAUGGAAAAAGAUCUAAUGGCUGAGAUGAAGGCCAGACAAGAAAAAACAAGGCAAGACAAAAUGGCUGAAAAGAAGUCUGAUCCCUCACCCGUCGUUGACAGAGUGGACUCGGACAAACAGAAGACGGAUGUCCAUCCUGCAGUCUCCACAGACCCUGAAGAAUGUAAACCUGAGCCCAUUCCCAGAGCUAAACCACCGAGCGUUACGCCCAAACCAGCCCCACCCCAGACUGCUAAACCCCCGCUGGUUUCUCGCACAUCUGGACCCCUCAGUCCAACCAGCCCCAGGCCAUGUAACAUCUCUGUUCUAGAUGACACUGUAGAGUCUCCGGCUCUCUGUGUAUCUCCAAAAGCACCACUUCCUGCUCCUCGUCUGAAGAGGGCGCCAUCAGAGCAAGACAGAGAAAGCACAAGCAGCGGCUCCGCAGGACUCCUGUCUCCACUUGAGGGGGAGUUUCCUGCAGAUGGCGACACUUUUGACCAGCCCAGCAUCACAGGUACAGAUGAGGGCAUAAGCGGCCGACAAUGGUCGUCCCUCAAGAGCUCAUCUAGUCCUCCAUCUACCAACGAGGAAGAACGGGAGCGCACCAAGUCCCUCCCUAACUAUGUGAGGAUGCCAUCUCAGACAGACACCGAUCUGAGUCCAGCUGACAGCGAGGUUUCUAAUUUGAGCUCUGACCUCAAGUCUAACAACAAAUCUGAGGACGAGUCCGGUGACGACACUCCUUCAAUGUGAUCCUUGCAGAAUGAUGCAUCUUUUGAAUCUCCUUCCAUCGGUGUUCAAGAAAAAAAUAAACAUUCGGCGUCAGUCGCGUACAUGAAAAGAUUUCAUUUCUGUUCCCUUUUAAAGUUUUACAACCCGUGGAAAAGCAUAAUAUGUUUUCUGAAUGCCUUCACUGAUGAUACUAGCUCUAAUAGGGCCAUUAAGACCAUCUAUGAAGGUUUUAGGAGAUGAAUGCAAAUAUGUCACACUUGAUAUUACGAAAAGCUAAUUAAACCCAAAGCACUGGAAAAUAUAUCUAAAAGAAACUUUCUAUGUACAUAUGGGUGUAGUUUAAAACUGUUCAGCUUUAUUCAUUCCUGUAAAACUGACUCAUUGUGGUAGAACAAAACAAUUAGGAGAUAUUUGUAAGGUUUUGUCACAGAGAUGGUCUAAAAUCAAUAUUUUGUGUUUUCUUAUCAUUCUAACCUGACUGCUGUUACAUAACACUGCCUUCAGCCAUCUUUGGCUCUGCAUACAAAAAAACUGCAAUACUCAAGAAUUUAUAACUGGGUGUUUAUUGGAUUUAUUUCUAGAUAUGAGCUUGUCAGAUUUGUAUUAUUUCUUUUACAUAAAGUUAAUGGAGGUUAUGUUGGGACAUAGUGGUUUUAAUCUCCUGGGUUCUUGAAUCUUUUUUGUUCAUAUUUGGGGCCAAGUCUUUCAUUUAGCAUCAUUAUGGAUUUUUUUUGUUUGUUUGUUUAGUUCAAAAUCAUUUAUUUUUCUGGUUAGACUGAAAUUCUUAAGAUUUUUAUUUUGGGGGGAAAAGUUCAUCAAACUGUAUUGUAAAAUAAAAAAAAUGUUUCAGUGUGUGUCCACGUCCCUGCUGACAAAGUUACACAAAUGUUUCCUAAUAAAACACAGGGGAGCAGUUGUUUCUGUUUUGUUUUAUCAACACUGCUGCUGUAUCCUCACAAUAAGUUCAUCAUUAUAUACUUACGCCCUCAUGAUGUACUGCUGCACUUACCUAUGUAUUAUACAUCUAUGUACAUAUGUGGUAACUUUUGUUCUUUAUGUUUAGGUAGUACAUAUUUUAUUAUUUUAUCAGGAAUAUUAUGUUAUCCUGUGAAAAUUGUUGAUUUAGCUUGGUGAUGGUUUUCAUUUUACUGGAAGUGUAUUAUGUUGCAUUUGUUCUUCAGUUCCAGUUAAAAAUAUAUUUUUUUGGCCAUGUAUUUUGUCAUAUUAGCCUGAAAAUGUGACAUAAGGCUGUGUUUGUGUGUAUGUUCAUGUUCCUAUCAAUAAAAUGAUUUAUUUGUCACACAUUCAUU